AAUCAAUGGCAAGGGAAUAUGGAAUUUCAGAUGAGCAUAUUGAUGUUGCAAUCACAUACUUAAGUGAUGUUGGUGAAAUCAUGUAUCACCCAAUGGAAGAAGCAUUAAAGGACUUAGUGGUGAUUCAACCGAUGGAGAUAGUUAAGUAUUUCAGGACUGUGUUCACCAUCCAAGAUGAACAACAAUGGAAACCAAAAUUUAUCGAUGACUGGAAAAGGUUGAAAAAAGGUGUUCUGACGAAGCCCCUUCUUAAGCAUCUUUGGAAGGAGUUUCCAAUACUUAACGACGACGACACAAUGUUUAAUUUUUUUGUCAACUUGAUGAACAAAUUUGGCCUCAUAUGCCAAAAAAAGAAACAAAAUACUGCUUCAGAUGAUAUUGCUUACUAUGCUGUUUCACAUUUACAACCAAAGCAAUAUUCAGAAGAUCCAAAAGAUGACCAAGGGGAUGACAAAGUAUCCAUCUUCCAUGACUUCUGUGGUUUUCUUCCCGACUAUUUAUUCCAUCUGGUCAUCACAAAAUUCAUUGAAGAGUUUCAGGUGGAAGAGGGAUAUGAACCUAAACUGGCAUAUGAGUAUGUAAAGAUUAGCAUUGACGAUCAUCAUUAUGUGAGGAUAGCAGUUGCAACUAUCAACUACUGUCGGAUGUUUAAGACAACAAUUGUGAGAAGACAAAAACCCAAUGACCCUUGUGUUGUGGAACCAAGUCCUGUAACAUGUAAAAAGGUAUUGGAUUCCCUUAAUAAAGUCCUUAUAGGUUUGUGUUCACCUGGAAAAGGGAUUAAGUACAAGAUGUGUAUACCUUGUAGGCCCAGUGACAAACAGCAUUGCAUGCACAUUGUUGAAACUUUCAACAAAAAUACUGUGUCAUGUGACGAUUUUGUAAUACCCAUCGAACGCUAUUGCAGAUUGUUUGGAGAUGCCAGUGAAGGUGUUACAGAUAUGCAAAGUUUGAGCCGUGCUGCUUCAUCUAAGCAGGUUGCAAUUCAAGAAAUGACAGUUAAGCAAUUCAAUGUUCUUAAAAUGGAUGUCUCCGAGUGGUAUGACAGCAACCAAUGUCUUCCUAUGUUGAAAGUGUUGUUCAGAGAUCAUGUGGAAAUUGGGAGACUAUCAGGAUUAACUAACACAAUGGAAUUACUGAAUGAAUUGGUUACACGUAAUCACUUGCAUUUAAAAAAUAUUGGUAUUUUGUGUGAUACCAUCAGCAUAACUGAACAUAAUGGUCUUCAACAAAAGAUUGCAAAAAGACUACCAUCAUUCCCAGAUGUUAAGGAUAGAAUCAUUACAAAACAGUUCACAAAUCACAGACGAAAACUAAUGAAAUGUGGGAUGAAACUGACCUCAGCCGAUGUUAGAGGAAUUGAUGGAUUGUAUAAUAUUCCUCUUAAAAAAUACACUGACAGUUGGAGUAUGAUCACUGAUUUUGAAAACAGAAUGGAAAUCAUUGACGGAGAUAUGGAGGAAUUCAUUGAUUCAUUGGAAAUCCUUAAAAUCCCUCUUGCAUUGAAUGCACUGAAAGAUGCACUAUAAUUUUAUUGAAACAACUAAAUUUUAAGGAGAAACUUUAAUCAGUGUAUAUCUGCACCUUGACAUGGAAUGAGAUUACGUGAACAGGAUUAUACAAAAUCGAAGCAACAUCUUGGAUGCGAGGUGAAUGGGCCGAGCGGUUAGCAGGGGCGCCGCAACAUACAGCCAUGAAAUCUGCACUGCUUUGAACGGCUCGCUCGCCUAAUGGUUCUAGUGGUAGAGCAAAUCUUCUCGGAUACGGACUGUAAACCAUAGACCCAGUGUAUACAAGAACCCAGUACCAUUCCAGACAAGUAAGGGGAUACUCCAGUGUACUGGUAGAGACAGCCCCUGUGGUGGACGGCGAGUUGCUGGUACUGGGUAGCACAGACACAAAAGG